UACAUCUCUUAUUCACAGCUCAUAGCCAUAAAUCAUAAUCCACCAUGAAACUAAACACAGCAACAUUCCCACACAAAUCACAAUUGACAAUGCCAUAGUAAACCAAACUAUAAUCCAUAAUUAUCUAUUCUGCAAAAAAAAAUAAAAAAAAAUGGCAACAUUAACUUCUUCAUCUCUCUGCAAUUCCCCUUCACUUAUCCAUUCUUCAAGAACUAUCAACCCAUUACUACCCAAUUCAAUUCCAUUAUCCCCCUCAACUUAUUACAAGAGAAACAGUAAUUCACUUACAAAUCGUAGGUUUGUAGUUGUGGGUGCUACUGAAGGGUCUGCUAAGAAAUCAAAGGGAAAAGAAGAAGAAGUUCCAACAUGGGCUAAACCGGGUACAGAUGAGCCUCCACCUUGGGCUAGAAAUGAAGCCCAGAAAGAUUCUUCAACCUUUCAACUUCCCUUCAUUGUUUAUUUGCUUGCUUCUGCUGUCACAGCUAUUGCAGCGAUUGGUUCUGUUUUCGAGUAUGUGAAUCAGAAACCUGUAUUUGGAGUUUUGGGCUCGGAUAGUGUGUUUUAUGCUCCAGUGCUUGGGUUCUUUGCUUUCACUGGCAUUCCCACUUCUGCAUUCCUUUGGUUCAAAUCAGUACAAGUUGCUAACAAGGAGGCAGAGGAACAAGACCGUAGAGAUGGAUAUAUGUAACAUCGAAUUUGCAUUUUUCGGAUUUUGAUGGUUGUUUCCAGAAGACAUCAUUAUGGCAAAUGGAUACUUUCUCAGGGUUAACUAUUUCCUAGGGCAAAAUAGUGUACAAAUUUCUGUCUUCUCAACACCUCUUAUUCCAGUAUAUUAAUUUGUGUUUAAUACUUAUCUAAAAGUCUUGGAUCAGUA